AUGCAGCAGCCCUCGUCGCUGAAUGUCAGCGCGCCGCCCGCCCCUGUGAUCAAAAGCGCCGCGCCGGUGAAACUCACAUACGACGAGGUGCGGCGCGCCGCCGUGCUGUCGGUGAUGGAAGACUUCACGCGCCAGAAGCAGUACCGGCACCGCGUCGAGCACCUCAAAGCGACAGGCGGAAACGUGCAGGUGAUCCACAAGAAGGCUGUGGCUGACGCGAAUGGUGCUGCUGUCAGUAAAGAGAGCGCGACGCGGCUGCUGAAGGAGCAUUCGAGCGCCGCGUGGAGCGUAUUCUUUUACCAGUGGAGCCUUUUUGGCUUCACCGGUAUCUCUUCCGUCGCCACUGCGAUGGGCUUUUACCUCGCCAUAUACCACAACCGCAUGUUUCUCCCGCUCGGCCCAAUAGCGGCGGCGGUGACGUGGCGGAUGUGGGACUUGCUCGAGGCUGCAUGGGAACAGCAGCGGUAUAUCGAAAACGCAGCGCACCUGCGCGACGCUCGGAAGGGCAACCCAAUGCAUAUGGUAGCGAAGCGCGUGGGCAACAAGGAGGUAGCGGAACCUUUGGAGGACGUGGUGUAG